GAUCAAUCAACGAUGGCUUCCUCUUCGUCUUUCCUCAUCUCUAUGCUCUUGAUCUAUUCUUCCUUUGUAUUGGGUAUCUUUUCUGGUGUAUCGGAGGCGGAAUCUACUCCUCCUUUAGUGAAGGGUCUCUCAUGGACUUUCUACAAGUCUAACUGUCCUAAAUUUGAGAGCAUCGUAAGAUCCCAACUCAAGAAAGUUUUCAAGAAGGAUAUUGGCCAAGCUGCAGGCCUCCUCCGUCUUCACUUCCAUGACUGCUUUGUUCAGGGAUGUGAUGGUUCGGUUUUGCUGGAUGGAUCUUCAAGUGGUCCGAGCGAGAAGGCAGCGCCACCAAACUUAAGCCUCAGGGCAAAGGCAUUUCAGAUCAUCAACGAUCUCCGUGCCCUCGUCCAUAAGAAGUGCGGCCAAGUCGUCUCCUGUGCAGACAUCGCUGCUGUUGCUGCCCGUGACUCCGUUUUCUUGUCCGGAGGACCCGAAUACAAAGUGCCCCUAGGAAGGCGAGAUGGUCUGAGCUUCGCAACAAGGGAAGCAACUUUAGCAAACCUGCCAGCGCCCAGCAGCAACACCACCACAAUCCUCACCUCACUGGCUACCAAGAAGUUCGACGCCACCGAUGUGGUGGCUCUCUCCGGUGGCCACACGAUUGGCAUCAGUCACUGCUCUUCCUUCACCAAUCGCCUCUACCCUACACAGGACACAAACAUGGAUAAGACCUUCGCCAACAACCUUAAGAGCACCUGCCCAGCCUCCGAUACCAACGCCACCACCGUCUUGGAUAUCCGAUCCCCAGACCUGUUCGACAAUAAGUACUACGUGGACCUCAUGAACCGACAGGGACUCUUCACCUCCGACCAAGAUCUGUACAUGGACAGUAGGACCAAGGCUAUCGUCACCAGCUUCGCUAUUAACCAGACCUUGUUCUACGAGAAGUUCGUCUUUGCCAUGAUCAAGAUGGGCCAACUUAAUGUCUUGACGGGCACUCAAGGAGAAGUUCGUGCCAAUUGCUCCGCUCACAACUCUGACACGUCCACCUUCCUGUCCACGUUGGUGGACGGCGAUAGCGAGAAGAGCGCACAGUUUUAACUAUAACCUUUUUCUUAUCUUAAUCCCUUAAUAUUAGAGAUGAGGUGUACUA